CCCGGGAGGAGAGCCCCGGGCCGCCCCGCAGCCCUUCCUUGGCCCCCAGCGCUAUGGGAGACCAGACCGGCGGGGCUAGUCUGUAGGAUGGUAGCACACAGCACCGUGACGCCGGAGAAUCGCAUCGCGACAGAGCUGAGAUGUCGGCUUGAGCCCGCCGCGCGGGACGCCGUGCCUCGCCGAGCCCCCCAGGGCCUUGGCCGCCCGAGCACCGUGCCCGCCGCCCGGCACACCCACUUCCCCGCCUUCCGCUCCCCGGAGGACUUCAGCACCAUCAACCGCACCACUGCUUUGCUGGAGGAGUCCGGCUUCUACUGGGGACCGCUGUCCGUCCACGCUGCCCACGAGAAGCUCAAGCAUGAGGCCGUGGGGACCUUCCUCAUCCGGGACAGCCACCAGAAGAACUGCUUCUUCACCAUCAGCGUGCGGACGGCCACGGGGCCCACCAGCAUCCGCGUCGUCUUCCAGGCGGGCCACUUCCACCUGGACGGCAGCAAGGAGACCUUUGGGUGCCUCUUCCAGCUCCUGGAGCAUUAUGUCCGCUCCCCGCGGAAGGUCCUGGCCAGGCCGCUGCACAAGGAGCGCUUGCGGUCCUUGCAGGAGCUCUGCCGCAAAAGCAUCGUGGCGACGUUUGGGAAGGAGAACUUGAGCCGCGUCCCGCUCAACCCGGUUUUAAAGGAUUACCUGGAAUCGUUUCCCUUCAAGUUGUGAUGGUUCUGCGUGGCGUUCGCCUGCACAACUGGGAGAGCGGGGGGCGGGGGUGCCGAGAAGACGCCGGCCCCGCAGGUCGCGUGCCUCGGGAUGUACGGCAGGAGCAAGAGGCCCGGCUCUGCACGAUGGGAAUUGGAGAGAGCGGGCACGUCUGCGGCAACCGUCGGAUUGCAGGAGAGAGAGACUUGGAGUGCGUCUGUGUUGGUGGUGCAAUUCGCAGGUACCCACGAAGGCACGCAGCCCCUGGAGUCUUACAGGCAGCUGCUUUUGUAGCAAUCCCACUGUAUCUGAACCCUUGACUUCUGAUGUUUACACAACUGAAAAACUGUUUGCACAAGCAGAGGCUUUUGGAGGCCUUGUGAUCAUUUUCUGCUGGGCAGAAUGUUUUUGUUAUUUUAUAUCUAUUUUUAAAGGGUGGUAAUAAACCUUAUUAUAAAAGGUAGUUUUUUUACAAAACAAA